ACAGCUCACAGACACAUGAAAAUCUUCAACACCCCCAACAACUCCGGCACCGUCACUGGCUUCAUCCUCUUGGGCUUCCCCUGCCCCAGGGAGGGUCAGGUCCUCCUCUUUGUGCUCUUCUCUGGUGUCUACCUUCUGACCCUCAUGGGGAAUGGUUCCAUCAUCUGUGCUGUGUGCUGGGAUUGGAAACUCCAUACACCCAUGUACAUUCUACUUGCCAACUUCUCCUUCCUGGAGAUCUGCUAUGUCACCUCUACCGUCCCCAAUAUGUUGGCCAGCUUCCUCUCUGAGACCAAGGUCAUCUCCUUCUCUGGGUGCUUUCUGCAGUUCUAUUUCUUUUCCUCCCUGGGGUCUACAGAAUGCUUUUUCUUAGCAGUUAUGGCAUUUGAUCGUUACCUUGCCAUCUGCCAGUCAUUGCAUUACCCCACUGUUAUGACUGGACGUCUCUGCACCAAUCUUGUGGUCAGCUGCUGGAUACUUGAUUUCCUCUGGUUCCCGGUCCCUAUCAUCAUCAUCUCCCAGAUGUCCUUCUGUGGAUCUAGGAUUAUAGAUCACUUCCUGUGUGACCCAGGUCCUCUGUUGGCACUCACCUGUCCCAGAGCCCCGGUGAUAGAGUUCCUCUGGAUGAUUUUAAGUUCUCUGCUCUCAUUUAUUCCUCUCCUCUCUAUCAUGGGGUCCUAUGCUCUGGUUCUGAGAGCUGUAUUGAGGGUCCCUUCAGCAUCUGGACGAAGAAAGGCCUUCUCCACUUGUGGAUCCCAUUUGGCUGUGGUUUCACUCUUCUAUGGUUCAGUGAUGGUCAUGUAUCUGAGCCCAACAUCCAAGCAUGAAUCUGGAAUGCAGAAGAUUGUGACCCUGUUUUAUUCUGCAGGAACCCCACUCAUUAAUCCUGUGAUCUACAGUCUGAGGAACAAAGAUAUGAAAUAUGCUCUGCAGAAAUUUCUUGGAACAUAA